AUGUACUCUCCAUUACCAUAUGCUGCAGCCCAGGGGCUUAUAGAAAUCCCAUACAUUGCUGUUCAGACAUUGGUGUUUGGCUUGAUAACAUAUUUAAUGGUCAACUUUGAGAAGACUGCGGGGAAAUUUUUUCUCUAUCUAUUGUUCAUGUUCCUAACCUUUACCUACUUCACCUUUUACGGAAUGAUGGCGGUUGGUUUUACAGCUUCACAACAGCUAGCUGCUGUUAUUUCUUCAGCUUUUUACUCCCUGUGGAAUCUUCUUUCCGGUUUUCUUAUCCCAAAAACGGGCAUGUACAUGUUGCCGAAGCCCUUGGGAUGCCUAUUCACAUCUUCUUCACAAUGCCAUGGACGCCAACCUAUGCGUUUCCCCACCCUUUGGCACGUGUUCCUUAAGGCGCUGGUUAUUGGCUGUCUUAUAUAA